CUUUUAUCUGAGUUCAAGGAAUUACUUGACGAUAAACCAUCAUUUCUGGUUAAAGAACGUGCUAAUGUAAUACCAUUUUCCCACGACAUCCCAUUCCCGCGGCGCAUUCUUAAUUCGAUUUGACAGUUCUCUGUUGUGUUAUUUUUGUUUUUCUUCGCUACAAAAUGGAUGCAAAAUUACACAGAAAAAGUGCCAGCAAGUGGAACCAUGCAGGCGAGCGCGCUUUAUUGGAAAUAUGGGGGUGAGAAGAUGUGCGAUAGGGGUAUUCUAUUUUGGGUUUUUUUUUUUUUUAAUUUACAUGCCCGUACACGAUGAGAAACAUUAAAAAAAUUAUAACUGCGUUUUUAGUUUUUUUUUUUAUUCAAAAAAGUACACGCACCAAACGAUUGUAAAAUUUAUAUGCGCAUAUACACACAAACAUGUACAAAUACAUUGGCCAUAUAUGUAUUGCUGUUCACUUUCUAGUUCUUAUUCUUAUUUUCUUUUGUUGUUUUAAGCGGAAGAACAAGCAAUCAGCUGUUCACAUGCUAUCACCAUGUUAUGAAUUCGCCUUGGUUGUGGUAAAUAUUUACCGCUAUUUUGAAGGCAGAACUGAGUACUUCUCUGCCUUUAUUUUCUUUCUGAAUUGAUUCAAGCAGUUUACUUUUUUUGUGCUCUCUGAUCAUAAACAAUUAACAUUUUUAAACAGUGGAAAAAAAUGAGUUUCAAGAAAAGUUCUAAUGCAAUUUCAAGAAAUUCGCAACGAUGGGAAAACUCUUUGAUUCGCUUCGAGAAAAACAAAAAUAGACGGCAAGAAAUAAAACAGGUUGAUAAAAAUUUGAACGCAUUUUGCAGAAUACCUAAGAAGACUGUUAUAAUAGGUAGAUAUAACUCAUUGGCAAACGUCGAAAAAAGUAAAAAAGCAAGAUUUAAAAUUAUUGCCGACGAAUUGCUGGAUUUAUGGACAAAAUUAAACUUUCCCAGUAUAGCUAAAACUUCAAUUGAAAGAAAAGUAGAAAAUCUCUUAAAAAAUUAUUCGAAGUUUUUAAAGCGACCUAAUGGAAAAGUUUUUGUAGUUUUUGGACAAUUGUUUGAUAUAACCAAUCCAAAUGGCAUUUGGCUGAGUGUUGAGGACAAAAAGUUGUAUGCACUUCAACAAAAUUCCAAUGGAGAUGUUGGAUACACCACUGAAAAGAAAACAAAUAUUCAUCCAUCAAAAAUUUCUUUACUUAAACCAGUCACCGUACAAAAGAAAAGUGUUGUAAAUGCAAGUGAAUCUGAUACAACAAUAUCGUCCCUGGAAGGAGAUAAUGAAUUGUAUCACCCUGAAACACCUACAAAAAGACUUAGAAAAGUCAAGUGUCAAACAAAGAUCGCAGUAGACAUGAUAGAGAAAACAAGUUUGAGUAGCAAAAAAACAACUAAAGUAUGUGAAAUAUUAGUGAAAUCAGGCAUUGAUAUUCCUGCACCCUCACAAUCUGCCGUAUAUAAAGCCUCAAUGAAAUCAGCCGAGCGAUUGGAAGCAAAAUAUAUGACAACGUUACAAAAAGAGAAUUGGUGUCUUCAUUUUGACGGCAAAAAAUUUGGAAAAAAGGAAGCGCAGGUAGUGGUAUUGUCAAAUGAAACUAAAGAAGUGCGAGUAGCGGUAAUUGUGCUUGAGAAUGGGAAAAGUGUCACAAUAUUUGAAGGUAAGAAAUAAAAAUUAAGAUUUUAUAAUAUAAAUAUAAUAUAAAUUUAUAUAUAAAAAUAUACAUUUCUAACUCUACUUACAUUUACAGGCAUAAAGGAAAUUCUAGACCGAUUUUAUUUGUGGAACUCAAUUAAAAUGAUUGUAUGUGAUACAACAAAUGUGAAUACCGGGAAAAAAAAUGGAAUUGUUCAUUAUCUACAAUCAUGCUAUGAAGAAAAAUGUUUGACACCGCCACAAUAUGUUGGUUGCCAACACCAUGUUUUGGAUUUAAUUCUGAAGCAUGUAAUGAAUGAAUUACUUGUCGCAAAAGCAAUAUCACCACAUAUUCCCUACGAAAUAUUUUCAGAUUUAAUAACUGAUUUUCAAAAUCUGAAACAAAGCGGCGAAAAAAUGAAAAUUCCUAAUAUCAAAUGGCGCGAUGACAUGCAGUAUUUGUAUGAACUUGGACAAUACUUUAAGUAUUAUCAAAAACAUAACGUUUUUCCAUACAUUAACUUUCGAGUUUUACCAUCGCUCAGUAACGCCCGUUGGAACUCCAGAGCUAUUCUUGCAUUGCUCACAUUUAUACUCCUUCCCAAUCACAAAGCAAAACUUUUACAAGUUUGUCAAUUUAUAUGCAGUGCUUGGUACGAAGUAUGGUUUUCCGACCAAAGUUUUCGCAACAAAAAUUUUGAAUGCUUGGAAGAAUCUGUGAAGCCGUUCAAAACUGCCCAUCAAUGUUUAAAAAAACACUGGGUGAAGGAAGAUUCAGCCUUUCCAAAUUUAAAACGGUCUAAUAUAUGUGCCGAACGAGCCAUUAAAGAAGUGAAAGAUUUAUAUUCAUUUUGUAAAAAUGAAAGAACCUUAAAUUUGAAAUUUAUUUCUUCUAAUGUCAAAUUAAAUAACUAAUAAAUUAAAUAAUUAAUAAGUAUAACAAAACAAAUGCAAACGAAAACAAAUAGCAAAGCGGUCAACACCAAUACAUAUAUGGCCAAUGUAUUUGUACAUGUUUGUGUGUAUAUGCGCAUAUAAAUUUUAAAAUCGUUUGGUGCGUGUACUUUUUUGAAUAAAAAAAAAACUAAAAACGCAGUUAUCAUUUUUUUAAUGUUUCUCAUCGUGUACGGGCAUGUAAAACAUAGGUUACAAAAAUAGAAUACCCCUAAUGAGCGAGUUGCGUGGCUGUAGAAAAAAUAGCCAUAUACUUCAGGAAAUGGCUGCGAUGCUCGAAAGCCAUGGAUUCUGUUAC